GCGCAAUCAGCGACAACUUCUAAAGAAGUGCCAACCGCCAACCAGUGGAGGAAUUUCCGAAGCGUACCCAUUACAAGCUCCAAGGGGUGUUCCAAGAUUCUUUUAGACAAGGACACUUCGCUAUCUCUGCCUCAGCGUACAAACGGAGGAGACUCCAGCAUCAACAUGGCUGACAUGGAAGUGGAAGAUAUCAAAAUGAGGGCCAACCAAGUGACCGACGAGUCUCUGGAGAGCACCAGGCGGAUGCUUCAGAUGGCUGAGGAGAGCAGACAGACGGGCGUCAACACCAUUGUCAUGCUGGAUGAGCAGGGAGAGCAACUGAAGGGCGUGGAGCAGGGGAUGGACCAGAUCAACCAGGACAUGAAGCAGGCUGAGAGGAACCUGACAGACCUCUCCAGGUGCUGCGGUCUCUGCGUCUGCCCCUGUGACAGGGUGACAUCCAUCGAGCAUGACUCGCGUUACAAGCGUACCUGGGGGACAGGAGGUGACAACGGCUCUGCAGGAGAGGGGGGUGAGGACGGGGUCGUCUGCAGGCAGCCCCCGGGGGUCGGCAACGGAAAAGCCCCCCAGCAACAACAGUCCGCCACGUCCUCAGGACUCAAGAGGUGUGUGAUAACCAACGAUGCGCGGGAGGACGAGAUGGAGGAAAACUUGGACCAGGUGGGCAGCAUCAUAGGGAACCUGAAGAACAUGGCCAUGGACAUGGGCACCGAGAUAGAGAAGCAGAACCAGCAGAUCGACCGCAUCAACGACAAGGCGGACAUGAACAAAGCUCGUAUCGAUGAGGCCAACCAGAGAGCCAACAAACUCAUCAAAUAGAGGGCCGGCUCCACAUUCACCAACCACCAACAGCCUUUAACCUUACUAUCGUAGCCUUCAUUUUCACACACACAUAUACAUACACACAGUCACACACACACAGUCACACACACACAGUCACACUCUCCUUGUGAACAAAAUCCAACUUGGCCUAGAAGAUCGUCUUCACCAGCACCCUCCUGCCAUGCUGUGCCAUUCCCUAGACAGUCUCCUACACCCUCCCUUUAGCUACACCACACAGACACACAGGACUGAGAGAGAGAGGGGAGCGAGAGAGAGACUCGCAUUAGAGGCCCUCUGAGCAGGAAAUAUCACUGUGUCACAUGACUCAUCCUCAUAUGAGUCAUGUGUCACAGCAGAUGUGGCUGUCGAUCUGAGGAGAAGGAUCUCUCGCUCUCUCUCGCUACCCGUCUCUGACUCCAUCUCUCCUUGCCCUCUCUUUCUCUCUCCCCCCUCUUUUUCUCUAUGCUGUGGUGUGUAGCUGAGCUGUAUGAUCCACACAGACCUCGUGUGCAGAUCAGUUGUGCCAUUGCUCACCAACCGGGGGUGUGAGUGAUGUGUUUUUGCCAUGGCAGCGUUCGGUUCUGUCGUAAAGUGCCUGUUAUGGGUUCGCAUCCCCAUUCUUAAAACCAGCAUCUUCAAAUCAUGACGUGUAGGGAUCCUCCUGUAAUUAUUUUUGUAUCUAAUCGUUUCCAAUAAUUGUUGUUUUGGAAGAUAAUGUGCCUAUUUAAUUAUUAUUAUAAAGCAUAAAUGACUUGUUAAUAAAGUUAGCUUUUUUAACAGUACCCCAAUUUCAUUUAUCCCGUUUUUGAAAAGGGGACGUGUCCAGAGCAGAGGCCUCUGGGAAGGGAUGCUCUUGUUUAGAAGAUUUGUGUUUGUGUAUCGAUUUUGAAUAUAAUAGAAAAGUGGGUUUUGUGCCUAGAUACGGGUGUAUUUGUAAGACCCUCAUUCUCACCACAGAGAACGAGAAGAGGCGACUAUUUAAUCACAAUGAGGGAUUGCCAUUUAGAUCCACUUGAAUAUGAAUGAAUCGGAGUACUAUGGGUGUGGUCUGAGGUUAGAAUAGCCAGUGCCACCAGUAGAACCGAUGCUGUGCUUAGACUCCACUGCUCCGCACUGUUGUCUGGGGAGGUAGCGGUGUGUGGAGACUCCUCCUCUGCUCUCUGAUUAACCAGGCUGUGUCUAUCUGGGCUACCUUGUGUGUUCAUCCAAGAGUCACCUCAUAUCUCUGUCCACCCCUCUGGGCUCAGCACACCGGCUGUUCCUGUCAGCCCACCAAUGAGAACAGGGCCCUGACCAGACCUGGGCCAAUCCCGGGUAUCAAUUACCUCGAAGUGAUUGGGCGCGUUUGAUUUGGAUGGCAGUUGGCACCUCAGGGAUUGACCCAUUCAUUUUUUUAUCUCAGUGGGUGAGACUAAUCAAGUGCACCGACGUGUUUGAUUGGGGUUGCUGAUAGGGAUCGACCCAGGUCUGCCUACAUGGGAGGAGUUGUUUUGUCACAGCCUUGUUCUGAAGAGACGAUUACACGUGGGGUUUGGAGCAAAAACCUCCAGGAAGAAAGCUCUUCAGGAACAGUGUUGACGCUCCUAAAAAGACAACUCCUCUUUAAGUUAGUCCACACUGGGAGCCUGUGUGCUGAGGUCAGCGUUGUACAGGGGGACACUUCUCACUCCUCACUCUGUCUGGUUAUUUCGCAUGUAACAUAUUUAAACUGGAACACUGCAGAUUCCAGACAUGAUCAGCUCUGGAGCUAACAAAGAUAGAAAUGAACUGUUCAUUUAAAUGUUUUGGAUUGCUGUAAAUGAUCAUUUCAGCACGUUGAACUGCCGUUUGUGGGGUGUUUUUAUCAGGUAUGAGAAGUCCUGAGGCUGUUGGUCAGGUGUGGAGGUGACAGCCUCUUGUCAUGUAAAUGUACACCAACUGUCCCUUUGGUUUUCAAUAUGUACAGCAGCUUGGGCCUUUCUGAUCCUAUCCCAGUCUGGGUAUGGAGAGCUGUGGAACUCACAAGCAAAGUGCCUUGUAUUUCAUAACCGAAUUGUUUCAUUCUUCCUGUCCAAGAUAAAUAUUUGUAUAUUUCAAUAAAUGUUUCCUCUGAUGAC